CCAUCUAUGCUAAAAUAUAUAUAUGUGUAUACCCUAUAUAUAUAUAUAGGUGCUGAUUACUGUGCUAAGAGCUGUUUAAGCAAAUCGUAUUCAAAGCCAACGUCAUAAAGUAAAACGCGCAACAUUUUCUAGUCGCCAGCUAAGCUAUAUCUAUUUAUAUAUAGUAUCGUCUCCCCCGCAAAUUAUAUACACAUAUAUAUAUAUAAUAUACUGAAGAACUGGCGCUUGCGAUGGCCAACGUUGUUAAUGUGAACAGCCUGCUCAAUGGCAAGGACUCGCGCUGGCUGCAGCUGGAGGUGUGCCGUGAGUUUCAGCGCAACAAAUGCUCUCGCCAGGACACGGAAUGCAAGUUCGCCCAUCCGCCGGCCAAUGUCGAAGUGCAGAACGGCAAGGUUACCGCUUGCUAUGACAGUAUCAAGGCGGCGCAACUGUUAGACAUGGAUAACUACAAGGGACGUUGUAAUCGUGAUAAACCGCCGUGCAAAUAUUUUCAUCCACCACAGCAUCUGAAGGAUCAGCUGUUGAUAAACGGACGCAAUCAUCUGGCCCUCAAGAAUGCACUGAUGCAACAAAUGGGCAUCGCGCCUGGCCAGCCGGUCAUAUCGGGCCAAGUGCCAACCGUGGCCACAAGUCCAUAUUUGACUGGCAUACCAGCCAACACAUACAGUCCUUAUUAUCCCGGACAUUUAGUGCCUACUUUGCUGGGACCCGAUCCAGCGGCCGUUGCCGCACAGAUGGGCCCGGUGGUGCCACAGACCGUUCAGGUGGCACAACAGAAAAUUCCACGCUCCGACAGAUUAGAGGUCUGUCGCGAAUUCUUGCGCGGCGCCUGCAAACGGGCUGAGUCGGAAUGCCGGUUCGCGCAUCCGCAGGAGAGCGUCGCGAGGCACGACGAUGGCUCCAUAACGGUUUGCAUGGACGCCGUGAAGGGCAGAUGCGCACGUGACCCCUGCCGCUACUUUCAUCCCCCCCUGCACCUACAGGCACAAUUAAAAGCGGCCCAAACACGCGCCACCGCUGUCGCUGCUGCAGCUGCGAGCUCACCUCUUACGGCACACCAACAACAUCAGCAACAACAACAACAGCAGCAACAACUGCAGAACCACCUCCACAACAACAGCAACACCAUCCCAACGGCCGGCGGCGUCGCUGCUGGCGCAACAACACCAACAACAGCAACAACAAACAACGCUGCCGCUGCCGCCGCUGCUGCCGCCGCCGCCGCUGCCGCUGCUGUCAUGGGCCAUCAUCAAACACUGGAAAUGGGCAAGAAGCGGUCAGCGGAUCCUGAAAUGUUUCCACUGAUGGAUGUUAAAACGGUUGGUUCAUUUUACUAUGAAAACUUCCAAUUCUCUGGCAUGGUACCGUUUAAACGUCCAGCUGCCGAAAAGUCUGGCAUUCCAGUGUAUCAACCCGGUGCGACAACCUAUCAACAAUUAAUGCAGCCCUACGUGCCAGUGUCAUCAAACACUAAAAUACCACCUCUAAAUGCUUCCUGUGUCAUCUACACCGAUGCCAGUGGACAGUUACUGGACACCCUCCCGGUGUGCCAAGAUUUUAAUAGAUCUAUGUGCAGUCGGUUAAAUUGUAGAUUCGUUCAUUUAACUGAAGAUGACAAGGUCGAGGUGAUUGAUCAACGUGUUGCUGUCUGUCGGGAUCAUGCCAACAGUCAGUGUCGCCGCAAGCAAUGUAAAUACUAUCAUAUACCGAUUGUCUUGCCGCCGGCAAAUAUAAUGGCUGCCAUGAUCACCAAUCCCGGCGAUCAACAGCAGCAGCAGCAGGUGGCAACAACAACGGCAGCAGCUGUUGCAGCUGGCUACAACAACAACAGCAACAACAAUUUGAUCAUUAUAGAGCCGCAUCAGCAUCAGCAACAGCAUCCACAACAACACCAACAACAACAACAGCAGCAGCAGCAGCAAUACAGUUAUCACACCACCAAUAACAAUAACACCAAUUACUAUCACAGCAACGCGAAUAAAGCAGCUGUCGCUGCAGCAACACACCACGCCAGCAACAUGUAUCAGCAGCAGCAACAGCCACAACACAUUACCUAUCACUGCAGCUCACCGUAUUCCCCCUCGUCGGCAUCCUCAUCCUCGUCCUGUUCCAUAGCCACAUCGCCAACUUUAUCGUCUGCCACCACGCUGUCAACCACGUCGACAGCAACAAUGCCAACACCGCAGCAACAAUAUGCUGCUGCUGCUGCUGCCGCACCGGCAACGGCAUAUCUCAAGGCACCCGCCUAUUAUACGGAUGGUACGCCCACUUUGGUGCUCAGCAGCGAUUACAAUGCCAACUGUAUACCUAUUCAGGCAACGCCCUUCAUCUCGCUGCCUCAGCAACAUGUGCUAAAGUACUCGACACAGCCGCCGCCACAGCAGCAGCAACAUCAUCAUCAGCAGCAACAUCACAGCCUGCUGCACCACCAGCAACACGCAUUUGUGGGUCAUCAGUAUCCGGUGGUGGCAACCACAGUGGCUGCACUCCCAGCCACCACAAUCACCGUUACACCGGCCACAAUAGCCGCACCAUCUUCCUGCAUCUAAAAACCAAACCCCAACACCAACAACAACAACACUCACACAUACACAUAUAAUAUACAAUAAAUAAAAUUCGAAUACAAUUUUGAUGCAAAUUAAAGGUUGGUAUGAACUAUUUACAAGAGCAAACAUAUAUAUUAUGGGGAAAAUGAAAAAUAAAAU